AUUCGGAUCGUUGGUUUUCUCCAUUUUUAUACCUCCAGUCCAGACUGAAAACGAUUCGAACUUUUAAGGCAUAAAAAUGGAGAUUCCAAGAGAAAAUGGGAAUUCAUACGUAAUUGAUGAUGAUCAUCAUAGUUCAUUGAUAUUUCUGGGAACUGGUUGUUCAAGUGCAGUUCCAAAUUGUAUGUGUUUGAUUCAACCUUCAAAUCCACCUUGCGCUGUUUGUUCUCAAUCACUUUCAAUCCCUCCUGAGCUUAAUCCUAAUUACAGAUGCAACACGUCUCUUCUUAUUGAUUAUUGCAAUGGAGAUGGUGGACACAAGUAUAUAUUGAUUGAUGUUGGAAAAACAUUUAGGGAGCAAGUACUUCGGUGGUUCACUCACCAUAAGAUUCCUCGUGUGGAUUCCAUAAUUUUGACCCAUGAGCAUGCUGAUGCAGUUCUUGGCCUGGAUGAUAUACGUGCAAUCCAACCAUUUAGUCCUACAAAUGAUAUUGCUCCAACUUCCAUUUACCUAAGCCAGUAUGCAAUGGAGAGCAUAGAAGUAAAAUUUCCCUACCUGGUUCAGAAAAAACUUAAAGAGGGCCAAGAAGUAAGGCGGGUUGCACAGCUGGAAUGGAAAACUAUUAAAGAGGAUUGUGAGGAAGCAUUUGUCACAUCAGGCCUACAGUUUGUUCCUUUACCAGUGAUGCAUGGAGAGGACUAUGUGUCCUUGGGUUUCCUUUUUGGUGAAAAGUCUAGAGUUGCAUAUGUAUCUGAUGUUUCACGAUUCCUGCCAAACACAGAACACGUUAUCUCUAAGUCCGGAGCUGGACAAUUGGAUCUGCUUAUUCUGGACACUUUGUACAGGACUGGAUCACAUAAUACACACUUUUGCUUCCCUCAGACACUAGAAGCUAUAAAGAGGAUAUGCCCAAAACAAGCUCUGUUAGUUGGAAUGACCCACGAGUUUGAUCAUCACAAGGACAAUGAAUUUCUUGCUGAAUGGUCUAGAAGGGAAGGGAUACCAGUCCAACUUGCUCGUGAUGGUCUCAGAAUACCUAUUCAGCUGUAAUGUGAAAAAAUGUGCAAAAGAAAUUCAACAUUGACUUUUGUUCAAUGUUGUGUUUGUAGGCAGAUGUGGAAAUUUUAAUUGAGUCUUCAGAUGCAGUUUUCAGUCAGUCCAGAGCAGAGAAGUUAUGCUCUUUUACCAAUACUAUCAUUGUUGUAUUUACAUUAUUUGAACAUUAUAAACCAUACACAAUCUGUUAAAAGCUGCUAGGGAAAAGCUCAUGACACUAGUAUGAGGAGAGUCAGAGUUUUGAGCUUGAACUGCCUAAAUUCAGAGGAACUGAAUUAGUUUUUCAUUCAGUUGUCUGACGGGGAAGAGAAAUUUCAGAAUCAACAAAUAUCUGUUACAUUUUGAAGGGGUAAUUGUAUACCGUGUUCUAUAAUUCUGUUCUACGAACGGUUUAGUUGUGCCCUGAUUAAUACAUUUUGAAUCAUUCGGGGUCGGGCUAUGAGAUGAAUUUUAUACUUUAUCUUCUCUGUUCAUUUUGUA